GGAAGGAGCAGCUUGAGGAGCUGAUGGCUCUCCCCUUGUAAAGGGGCACUCUAAGCACCAAGUAUGGGGCCUGUGAGGAAGCCAAGUGUGGGAGCCAGGAAAAGCCAGCUCCUCCCCCAGAGUGGGAGGCUGUACCUGGUGAUUAACUCCUGAGCAAAGGAGUGGAGCUCAUGCUGAGCCCUGAAGGAACCUGUUGGGAGGAGCUCAGGAGUGCAAGAGGGACAGAAAAGACCUGGAGUCGGACAGAGGACUAAUCCAUAUGGAGAGGCACUUGCUGGCCUCAACAGCUCCAGUCAUGUUCAACUUACUAGCCGUAGAGGUGAGACCCCAGUUCCACCGCGGCUAUGGGAGCCAGCAAGGGGUGGCUGGGCCACUGAAGACCCGCCUGGAGCGACUGAAGAAGCCAUGGUGGAGGGAGACCACCCCGCUGGUGCUCCAACACAGUGAAACAGCCAGGCUUGCCGUAGACGCCUUUCUUGAGCAGGGGGAACGCGGCUACAUGAGUGCCAUCACUGAGGAACGGGAGCUGCCUUUUCUUUCCGCGCUGGACAUGGAAUAUAUGAGCCAUCAGAGAAACCAAAGCUUUCCAGACCCCAAUACAACAAGAGACAAAGAGGCUGACCCUGGCGAUGCAGACACUGGAGACAGGUCCUCCCUCAACUCUGAACUAACAUCUGGCACCUAUUUUCCGCUCAUGUCUGAUGUGCACCCUCCAGAGCUGGAGCUGGGGUGGCCGGGGUCACCGCUCCUCACAGUGUCUGGCCAGACUCAAGCCACUGUGAUUUUCCAAAGAAACAAAGCGAACAGCAUUAAGGAUUUGCUCCGGUCCCUGAUCAGCCGGGCACGGACGGUGAUAGCGAUUGUGAUGGAUCUGUUUACAGACAUGGAAAUCCUCUGUGACCUGCUGGAGGCCUCGAGCAGACGGCACGUCCCUGUUUACCUGAUUCUGGAUGAAGAGUACUUGAAGCAUUUUGUGGAAAUGUGCAAUAAAAUGGCUCUUACUCAGGACAACUUCCCAAACAUGCGCAUAAGAUGUCUGAGUGGAGACACGUACUACAGCAAAGCAGGCAAGAAAUUUGCAGGCCAGGUUCUGGAGAAGUUCAUCCUGAUUGAUUGUGACCAAGUUCUUGCUGGUACAUACAGUUUCACCUGGCUUUGCAGCCAAGUCCACACCAGCCUGGUGACCCACUUCCGUGGUCAAAUUGUUGCAGAGUUUGAGAAGGAAUUCCGAUACUUGUAUGCCGAGUCCAGAGCAGUGACCAGCUUCAGUGUGCCAGAGCCCGGGAUGUGCCCCUCUUCUCAGAACACCUCGAAAGCUGCCAACUGCCUUUUAAAACCCCCACAGGUGAACGAUGCCGAAACCUCCAGCCCCUCCAGCAGCCUUUCCAAUGUAAGCAUCAGAAGCAUAAAAAUGUCUCCCUUUCUGAAAAACUCCAGCUGCAACGUACACCAGGAAAAGCAAGAUUCAAGCUCCGAUUCUGGUAAUAAGAAAGGGAAGGAAGAGACAUCUCUGAAGCCUUCUUGCCCUAAACAGCAAGGAGAACCACCAGACUCACCCAACAGCCCUCCAAAUAAAUCCUCCCUGGCUUUGUAUCGCAAAUCAAAUCUCAUGACAGCAUGGACAUCUUUGCAGCCAGAACCUUCCACUGCCCCGAGCUCCAACAGACCUGGUCAGCAAGGGGACGAUAAGGCUGACAGCAGCCGCUGCUCCCCACUAAGCCAGGAGCAGACGUCGCCGUCCCUUUCGGAGGGGACCAGCAGCAAUGGGAUAAGCGUGAAGCAGAAAGAGCCUGCGGCUGCCUCCAGGGAACCACCAGCAGAAAAUGACACCACUUUUUAUGGGAUGGAAAAAAGACAGAAUCCCGGACAAGGAAAAUUGGACCUGCUAUCCCCAUACAGCCAACUAAAACGAGAUAAAAAGCCUGUGGUUCCUUGCUAUGAUAAACUCCCCGAGGACGUGCUGAUGGAAAAGAACAGCACGUAUGGGGCUGAGAAGAGACUGACUCUCGGGCACAGUAAACUGGAUCUGAUCACCAAGUACAACAAGCUAAAAUCUAAACACAUACACAGCCGGUUUGAACUCUGACCUUCGGGCUUAUAGUCAAGCGGUUGCUUUUCCCCACCAAUCAUCAAAUCUGGGGCUUGAAAUCCAAACAGGGGGUGGCAAAUUAGUCUUGUUCCUAUUCAAAGGUGUCUGUGCCCUUUCUAGUAUCGGCAGGUGACAGAUUCAGGUGAGAUUAGCAAGUAUGGUUCACAUUUUCAGUUACAAAAUCACAGCAGGAGAGAGAAAAAAUGACAUAAACCUCAGCUGUGCUUCUAUGUUCUUUUUACCCACUGGGGAAAGAACCAUUUCCCCCCAAUCUUACAGCAAAACCACAGCUACAGCUGAGAACUGUUUGGCCACUGAGGAGGAACCUUCAGGGUGAAUCCAGGGCCUCUCUGGACUGAGCAACUCCUCUCCCAGUGUCCAUGUGCUGGAAAUGAAAUGGGCAAAGGCAGGGCAAUGGGGUUAAGAAUA